AUAUGGAAAAGGGUUUUUAUUUUUCCCAAAAAAAUAAGUUUGAACAACUUUCUUCUUUGCCAGAUACUGCUGAGUUGUUAUGUUGUCUGUUACUGGUGUGCUGCUGCAAAUUAGAGUUAGAAAAUAAAAUAUAAUUGAAUCCAGAAAUUAUUUUGAAUUACUACAGCAUACUACAGCAUACACAUGCAUAGUUACAAAUAAAAAGUCGUACAUAAUGCUGGCUAAGAAGUUUGUUUGUUUGCUGCUACUAUCGCUAUGAAAUGUAAAAGAAGUACAAGGAAAUUACACAGAAAAUAUAUAUAGAGAGAGAGUGGUAGAUGAAUAAUACUAGUAAUAUUGCUGCUGCUUUUGCAAGGUGUUCUGCUCUCCCCAAACAUAGUGGGAGCCAGACAAGAGGAAAUAGUGGUGAUAAUAAUGAAAUACCUCCACCUGCAAAAACAACACCACAUGGUAACAACCAGGGAAAAGAUUAUAAUUGUUAUCUCUAUCAUCAUUAUGAUGCCUCUACACUACACUCUCCCCCCCCCCAUGCCAGCAAAAACCACUUUGGAACAAUUUCUACUAUAAGAAACAAGAAAGGGUUGCUAUGUCUUCACCUAUCUUUAAGAGCUGUGUGCUCCACAUACUGGCAGGCAGCAAAAUAGACAAUGCAGCAAUGGGAGCAUUCUUGCGUUUCUUCCUCUACCACCAUUUUUUCAUAGUUUCUCAAGCAAGCCGCCUCCGACUGUUCACAUGGUCAGUGGACAACAAAGUCCCAUCCUUCUUUCCCUACUCCAAACACACCUAUUGAAAAAGCCUCUCAAGUAGGGCUUGCCAAUUGCUCGAUGCAGCUGGUAGGCAGCAAAACAAAACAAAUACUGCAGCAAACACAUAGAAUCAAGAAAUAGAACAUAAGACAGGAGCAAGAAAGCUCACUAAAGGGGAGGGAGAAACAGCAGCUUUUUAGUACUGCAGGGAUUCCUGUCACCUGGGGUCCAAAGAACUUGGUCCUCAAUCACAGCUCUCUCUACAUUCAUUAGCUAAAAACACUGAAAUGUGGGAGCAGCCAUGCUGGCUCAUUUCACAGAAAUUGCUUAGAAGGGUACCUGGACAUUUUGCUUUGUAACUUUCCUUUUAGGAGGGCUACAGAUUUUAUUUUAUUUUUUAAAUGAAAACUCAGACUCUGGGGUCCUUGCAAGAGGCACCAAUGAAGGCUUUUGUGGGUACCAUGGCAUCCACAGGUACUGGGGUUGGUGACCCCCCUACCUAGCCAAAGCUGUGCACUUUAAAAUCCUAUCAUUUCAAUGGCAGAGAUUUAUGUACUUAACUAUUCAAUUAAAAUGAAUGGAACAACAACUUUUACUGGAUCAUGCACUCUCUUAUGAAGUAGUCGCUGCCACCACAGUCUGAUUUAGGAGUAAGCAGGGCUGCUGUUUGUUUUGACAGUUCUAGCCUCAGGCCUUAUUUUUAAAUAGACGUAAUAAAAACAUUACAUUACAUUCAUGUAAAAUACUUGUUUUCAGUAUACCACUUUUCUAAGGCUAGCAGUGUGAAUGAGAUCUACAUUAAGGCAUUUUUAUGCAUGAUCCACAUACACUUUUCAUACUUAAUUCCCUUACUUAAGCCUCAGAUACUUAAAAAAAAAAAGCAUUAUGCAAGAGAGACAGGAAAUGUAGAUUGAAUUUGCAUACAUUUGCAUUAAAUAUGUGGGAAAUGUAGAACACUAUUUCCAGAUGCUGCCAGAGGCCUAUGCUUGUAGGAGGCUGCAGACUCCCGGGAGCCUAAAAGGAAAUCCCUUGAGAAAAAGGGUGGAAGACUUGCACAAGCUUCUAUACUACAUAGGUUAGGUCCAGAUUACAUUGGAAAAUCAUGUUGACAAUGAGCUGGAUAAUGAUUGUGGACAAUGCCUGCCCUGCCUUAAAUGAAUCAGCCAACAUCUUAUUGAAAUACCAGAGUAUAUGAGGAACAAGAAGAAAUCCAAAACAUACACUUAGAUUUAUCGGAUAUAAUGGGCAUUGUCAAGAUGCUACUGUGCUGUCAGAAAAGAGCUGGCUUCCAAUUCAGUCAUGCUCAGAGUAGGUCCACUGAAAUCCAUUGAUUUAAAAGGAUCUACACCAAGCAUGUUUUAGCUGGAUACCAUCCAAGAUUUAUAGAUGCUGAACUGUCUUUGAAGCUUGACAAAAAUUGGUCUGCUUCUCAAAAUAAACAGCUGACGUUGAUAGGGUUGCCAUAUUCUGAAGAGCAAAAAAAGAGGACACAGUUGCCGACUUCCACUUUUGGAUCGCUAUGACGACUUUACCCAUUAAAAAGAGGAUGUGCCCUGGAAAAGAGGACAAAUGGCAACCGUGAAAGUAGUACUUGCUGUUUUAGUUCUUCACUGCUUGUUCUUUGGCACUAUGGAAUGGAAGGACAAGUUGCUUUUCAAACAAAGGCAGAUCUAAAGGUUAAUAGGUAAAAAUCCAAACAUAGUAGGUAAAGGUAAAGGACCCCUGGCCAUUAGGUCCAGUCAUGACCGACUCUGGGGUUGUGGCGCUCAUCUCGCUCUAUAGGCCGAGGGAGCCGACGUACAGCUUCCGGGUCAUGUGGCCAGCAUGACUAAGCCGCUUCUGGCAAACCAGAGCAGCACACAGAAACGCCAUUUACCUUCCCACCGGAGUGGUACCUAUUUAUCUACUUGCACUUUGACAUGCUUUCGAACUGCUAGGUUGGCCGGAGCUGGGACCAAGCAACGGGAGCUCACCCCGUAACGGGGAUUCGAAUCGCUGACCUUCUGAUCAGCAAGUCCUAGGCUCUGUGCAAGUAGAUAAAUAGGUACCCACAGUGCCACCUGCAUCCUGAUAACAUAGUAGGUACCAUCUAGCUAAACAAAUGCAUGCUGGAAAGAUCUGCAGCAUAUUACCUCUGAAGUGGCAUGUAAAUAUACCUUUGGUAUAUAUUUUCGCAGGACAUGUAUUUGGCCGGAUUGUGACCAUUAGGAUUUGCAUGGAAAUAGCAUGUUUUGAACCAAGAUAAUCAUAUUCUUCCAAGACAUUCCCCUACAAUAAGAUUUUAGUAAUCUUUAGUUACCUCAAUGACACAUGGUGUAGAAAAGUUGGAUAUAAAUGACUGCAAUAAGCAGGUCUUCUGUGUUUUAAUAUGGUGCACUGCCUUGCUGUUUUAUUAUAUGGCAGUACUGAAAGACUUCCACAAAGAAACAAGUGGCUAUUUUUCCUGCCUGUGUUUUGUCAGUUAAUUUGUCUUACUCUACUCAGAGAAAAAGCUGGCAUAGGCACAGCCAAUAUUCUACGAAUUAUGUUCCCACUCACUGCAUUCUGGAAGACCUGGCCUCCCUUCUUUUGCUUCCUCCCACUAAAAUGCAUUAACAGUUCUUUAUUCUUCACUUUGCUACAAACCUAAUUUAAAAUGGUAAUAAGACUAUAGAGAACUGUAAAGGUCUUUCUUCUUUUAAUUUGUAUAUAGACCAGUUGUCCGUGCUUACAUGUUUCGGACAAGGUCUGUUACGAAUGCAAUGCCAGCAAUACUUCAGGGUGGCAAAAGGGCAGUCACUCUUAAAAAACAACAACUGGUAAGAACACUUCAUUAUGUGAAGAGAACAAUUAUGACGAAAGAUAGCCACUGUACCUGAUAAGAGACCAAGGCCUGGUCAUCUUCAUGCAUGGGAAGCCAAUGGGAAGCCCUCCAGAGUUGACCAACUUAACUAGAGUUCUGUCUACCACCUUGUACCUCCCUUAUUAAACAGAACUUUAAAAAUGCACAUUUUGAACUGGGUCACUCGUUUCAUGAUCAUGGAGGACCAGAGGACCCCAGCAGGUGUAGCAUUUGUUUGAGCUGUCUUAACAACGGGCAUUAUAAGUAUUUUAUGUGUACUUUAGUGAACUGAAUAGAAAGAUUAUGAAUCACAGGGGGCAUGGAGAGAGUGCAUAUGAACUUAACAAUGCUGAGCUUAUUUUUUUAGUUGCCCUUUUGUUAACGCUGUUUUAUAGAUGAUAAAUGCCAUAUCAAUUAGUUGCCUUUUUGUUAUGGCAUUUAUCAUCUAUAAAACAGCAUUAUCAAUUGCUAAUCGUGUUAAUACGCCUUUUGCUGCAAUUGUGAUGUUUGGCUUAUUUUUUUAGUUGCUGCUGUGUUAAUAGCGUUUUAUAGAUUGCAAUUGUUUCAUGCGUGAUGUAAAUCAUGGGCGCUUUUUCCAUUAUGUUUUAUUACAUUAUUGUUAUUUAAUGUUUGUAAGCUGCUGUAAAAUUCAUUUCAAUGAAAAGCGGCAAGGAAACACAAUAAAUCAAAUCAAAUGAGAAGGCCCCUGGUAUCUUCCGCUGGGGAUAAAGAGACCUCUCAAGACUGCUGCCAACCGCUGUAAACUCAGCUGGACGGAGGUUAGAGGUAUAGUAGCUCUGAAUGAAGCAGGUGUCAUCGGAAUCCUGUUUUUAUAUGUGUUGGAAACCGACCAGAGUGGCUGGGGCAACCCCGCCAGAUGGGCGGGGUAUAGAUAAUAAAUAAAAAAAUUAUGAUCCUGCAAAUUGGUGUGAGAGUUGUCUCAAGCAGCCUACAUACUCAGGCAACCUGCUGCAGUUCUAAGAGGGAAGAUCUUUUCUGGGAAAAGAUUUAUAAUGAAUUUUUAAAAAUGUUGAAAUAAACAUUUAUAAAGAAACCAGAGGCCUUUCUUGUUGGAAGAACAGGUUUGGAAUUGCCCAAGAAAGAUGUUAAAUUAUUUUUGUAUGCCACAACUGCUGCUCGUAUUUUGUUAGCUAAAAAGUGGAAAACCCAAGAAUUAACAACAAUAGAAGAAUGGCAGAUGAAGAUGAUGGGAUUUUUCAGAGCUAGCCGACCUAACCGGAAGAGUCCAUGACCAGAAGAAGGAGGAGUAUCAGGAACAGUGGAUUAAUUAUUACUUAGUUAAAUACAGUGGUACCUCGGGUUAAGUACUUAAUUCGUUCCGGAGGUCUGUUCUUAACCUGAAACUGUUCGUAACCUGAAGCACCACUUUAGCUAAUGGGGCCUCCCGCUGCUGCCGCACUGCCAGAGCACAAUUUCUGUUCUCAUCCUGAAGCAAAGUUCUUAACCCGAGGUAAUAUUUUUGGGUUAGCGAGUCUGUAACCUGAAGCAUCUGUAACCUGAAGCGUAUGUAACCCGAGGUACCACUGUAUGCUAAGUUAAAUUAACUGAAAACAGCUUGCAGAUACUUAAUUGGCUUAGGAUUUUAUUUAUGUUAAGCGAUGAAUUAAUAUGUUUAAUUUCAUAAGGUGAAGAUCUAAGGAUGUUAAUGUUGAAGUUAAAUUUUAUAAGAACUGUGAUUUGUAAAACCGUUAAAAGGCUAUGCAAUGAAAUUCAACCAAGGGGAAGCGAGGAAGUCACUUAACAAUGUUAAUAAGUGUAAUUUUCAAUAAGGCUAUGAUUUAUGUUUGUUUGUUUAUAAUGUUGUGAAAACCAAUAAAAAAUUGUUUGGAAAAAAAAAGAAAAUCUAAGAGGGAAGAUCCCGCAGGGAGAAAAGGCGCGUGAAACAGAAGCGCCACCCCUUGAUUCUCCAUCCUGGAACCAGAUUACGCCUCUCUCCCCGAAGCCUUCGAGAAACACUCGCCGAAGGAGCUCGCAUACAAAUCCCCAUUACGGCGGCCGAAGAGGUUUCUUCCUCUCCUUUCCCCAGCGAAUUCUUCCCCGGUCAAGGCGGGGAGCCUACCCGGCGAGCGGCAAGGCAUUCCGCUUGGGAUUUACGCGCCGCAGGGCGGCUCCAAGGUGCGCCCCGGUCCCCCGGCGAGGCGCACGAGGCCAGAGCUCGCCAAACCGAUCGCCAGCUGCGCCCGAUCCUCCGAGCGCUGCCGGAUCCCCCUCGGCCCUUGUCCCGAGGCAGCCAUAGCGCCUGCCGCCAGCCGGGCGCCGGAGGAGGAGGAAGAAGCCAGCCCUGCGCGCUGCUUGGCCGGGGCUGUGCCCGGCGCGCAAGGGCGCACGUCACGCGUUUCUCCGGUGUGCCCCGGAACAGCCUGAGCAGCUCGCCGAAAGCCUGCGGGCCUGAGAGAGAGAGACCGCCCCUUUCCCCUCCUCCUGCCGCUGCUGCUGCUGCCCGGGCCUUUAGUUCGUGUGGAGAAGCUGGGCACGUGUGCGGCGAGGCUCGCUUGGUGCCGGCCGGGGCAGCUCCGUGCGCCCCGGUUCCCUUGGCCAGCCGGGAGAUCGCGAGGUGGGUCAGGGUUUCUAGGGCAGCGCCCCGGCGGAUGCCGGCGCAGGGGGAGAGCCCGGCCGGGUUGGGGGGUGGAGAGGGACGAGGAGGGGCGAAAAGGCGCCCCGCCGCCCUCGCCAAAAAGGGGGGCUCCUCUGCGGUGCCUUUUCUGCAUGGACCCCCCAACAGAGGCAAAGCGCUUUCGGAGAAUCUUCCUUCGAAAGUGGGCGCCGCGGGGGAGCUGUGCCUUUUGCGCCCCCGCCCAGCUGCCUUUCUGCGACGUGCACGCGCGCGCGCGCUCUGUUGUACGAAGUAGACACUUGACAUUCCAAACGGCAAGGGGAAAGUUUUCACUUCCUUUGAUUUCAGGCUCGUGGCGUGUCCGGGGACCCCGCCCCUCGGAGCCCCGAUUCUCCCGUAGCCUUGCCAUGCUGCCCAUGACAUUUCUUUGGAAAAUCGGUGCACGUUGCGCUAUGCCAACUUCAAACUUGAAUUUGUGCUGCCUUUCCAGCGAGGGGGAAAAUCGCGGAUUAUUUUUUUUAACUGUAUUGGGGUUAGGGGAACAGCGUGGGGGGCUAAGUAUAUUUGGACUAGAGCCACUGAAAUAAAUGAACAUAAAUUAAUUAUGCCUGGUAACUUAAGUGGGAGUAUUAUGAGUAGGAUUAAUAUUCGAUACAACUCAGUAUGUGUAUAGCAGUCCUGAAUGUUCCAGAGCUAUAGUUUGGGCAGAUUUUAGGCUUGUACUUUGUUUUCCCCACUGAAACCCCAAGGCACACCAAGGGGAGCCAGAUGUGCGUUGGGAAUUUAAAGGUGGACCCAUAUGCAAUAUGUUGACUUGGGGGUUGUAGACACUGGGAUAAUAAUAAUAAUAUUAAUAAUAAAUUUUAUUUCUACCACUCCCUCCCCAGCCACCUGCAUAUACAAAGUGCACAUCUAUAUCUGAGUUCUGAUCAGGGAUUUCAAUAACCUGAGCGGUUGGGCAAUGGAAUUGUUGCAGAUCAGAUGAGAUCUACCAGUAAAUCUCAAAUCUUCUGCUAACCCCUACUGUAGAGGGAAAAUAUUCGGGACAAAGGAACUGGUCUGCUGCUUUACCUGAUGCAAAGGACAAAUAUAUUUAAAAUUUUUAGGAAGAUAAGGGUAUGCAAAGUCUUGUUGUUCUUUUGUGGAAGUAUUUAUCACUGAUUGUUUCCAUAGAGCAUGAUAUUCUUUUCUGUUCUUCUAUAAUUUUCCACCUUUGCCUAUCCAAGAGGGGACGUGGAAGCUCCUACUGAAGCACCCUGUUCCGAAAAAGUGAGUAAACAGUAUUAUUUCUUGUAGCAAGUUUGCUCUCCCCUUCCACCUCAGGGAGCCUGUUCACUCUCCUCUGGUUUAUUGGAGGGGAAGGUUUUUAGCUCUUUGUCAACCUCCAGGUGAGUUCCAGAAAGAAGGCAGAAGAUUCUCUUGGCGAUGGGGGUGGAAUCCAAGCAACGGGGGGGGGGGGGAACUGGUGACUCUUAUGUUGUAGGCUGGAUCAAGAGCAAAUAACUACAGAUAAUUACAGAUCCAUCAGGAAGACAUGCUAGGGUUUUGAAGCUGGUAGUAAACUAAGGUUUGCUCAGAGUAGACGUACUGAAAUUAACAAACAUAAUUAAGUUAGGUCAUUUCAUUUUCAUGGGUCUACCCUGAGUAACACAGCUUAAUAUCACCCAGAAAAAUCUACCCAUUCCACAGCAAAACUGUUCCUAGACCAUAUCAUUUCAAGCUGUAGAUGGACACAUUGAAGAUCAUCUGCACAUAGAAGCUAGGUAUCAAAUAGGGAUCUAAUUUAUCCAUUGGUCUAAUGUGUUAUUGUUCCCCAUUCUCCCUCUUGUGUCUUUUUCGGGCCUGUGCCUAUGCACCUCAUUUUAGGAUGCAAAGGCAUAUUUUUGUGGGGUAGCAGUCCUUCAUGACAUUCUCCCUCCGAUAGUCUCAUAAAACUACCAGGGCAAUGGUCCUGUGCCUGAAAAGAGAUGGAAAACUAGCUUGCUCUGCCAUGUUCAGUUAAAAGAAUGCAUUUGCCUUUGUUGGAAGGUUGUUUUUUUAAAAAAAUCAUGGGUGCAACACACAAUGCAUAGGCGUAACACAAAACAGUCAACACAUACCGUAUUUUUUGCCCUAUAGGACGCACUUUUUCCCCUCCAAAAAUGAAGGGGAAAUGUGUGUGCGUCCUAUGGGGCGAAUGCAGGCUUUCACUGAAGCCUGGAGAGCGAGAGGGGUCGGGGCGCACUGACCCCUCUCGCUCUCCAGGCUUCAGGAGAGCCCCAGCGCCAGCCCCACCAGGUGGGGGGACAGAUGGAGGGGGAACGCCACCAUCCCGCAGUCAACCGACGGGGUAUGGAGGCUGAUGGCGGGGAGACCCCGCCGCCAGCCCCGCAAGCUCCGGGGACAGCUGGGAGACGCAGCGCGUCUUCCCGCUGUCCCCGGACCUGAUCUGAAGGCGGGCAGCGGGGAGAAGAGCGCUUCUCCCCGCUGCCUGCCCCGCAAGCUCCGGGGACAGCUGGGAGGCGCAGCGCGUCUUCCUGCUGUCCCCGGACCUGAUCUGAAGGCGGGCGGCGGGGAGAAGAGUGCUUCUCCCCGCUGCCGGCCCCACAAGCCCGGGGACAGCUGGGAGGCGCAGCGCGUCUCCCGCUGUCCCCGGACCUGAUCUCAAGGCGGGCGGCAGGGAGAAGAGAGCUUCUCCUGCUGCCUGCCCCGCAAGCUCCGGGGACAGCUGGGAGACGCAGCGCGUCUUCCCGCUGUCCCCAGACCUGAUCUGAAGGCGGGCGGCGGGGAGAAGAGCGCUUUUCCCCGCUGCCGGCCCCACAAGCGCCUGGGGGGGAAAUAAUUUUUUUUUUCUUUAUUUCCCCCCCCCAAAAAAACUUGAUGCGUCCUAUGGGCCGGUGCCUCCUAUGGGGCGAAAAAUACGGUAGUUGUCCCCUGUGUAACAGAGGCCUGACGGGCAUUAACUAGAAUUCAGAUAUUUAGUGUCAUUAGUCCCGUGACGUGGAACACACUUCCAGCAGAGAUUGUGCAGGAAUCCUGACUUUUAACUUCCAAGUAUAUCUUGAAGAUAUUUCUGUGCCUACAGGCUGAUGCAGCUGUUUGAAACUUUCUUGAUGAGCUAAUAGUUUAGUAGCAUUUUUAACGGUGCUUUAUGUUUUGUUGUCUACAUAUUGCUGUACGCUACACUGAUAUGUCAUGAGAUGGUGAUAUAUAAACAAAAAUACAGGGAAUAUCUUUUUGGGUUAAAUAGUCUACUUUUCCCCCUGCAGGAGAUCAUACCACCAACUCUAUGCUUUAAAAAUGGAAGCGGUAGAAAUGGAUAAUGCAUCCCUUAAGCGUCCUCAUUCUGAGGACAAAGAGGCUAACGUGGAUGAAAUCAAAAGGCAAAAGGUCUUGGAAGAAGCACUGAAAGAAAGAGAGAAUACUGACCAAAAGACUGAAGCUGAGGCAGAGCUCAAACCCAUCAAACCUCCAGUUGAGGAUGCAAAAAAAAUACUUCUUAAUGAGGCAAGUGCAGGCCAAGAUGAGGAAGAAUUGGAAGAAAUUGAUGGAGAAGGAGACCCAGAGAGCUUUGCAGACAUGAUGAAGCACGGCCUGACAGAGCUAGAUGUUGGCAUAACUAAGUUUGUUAGUUCUCACAGGGGCUUUUCUGGAAUAUUGAAAGAGAGGUAAGUACUAACUCUUCUGCUGCUCAAUGUGGAUGGAUCAAUGCUUAACGUAACCACUUUUGCUGGUUCAGCUUUAACAUGGGUCCCAUCUGCGCAAUGCAUUUAAAGCGGUAAAAAGUCAUGGCUUCCCCCCCCCCAAAGAAUCCUGGGAACUGUGGCUUGUUAAAGGGGCUGAGAGUUGUUAGGAGACCUCUAGUCCCCUCAGAGAGCUACAAUUCCUAGAGUGGUUUUAACAGUCCAGUCCCUCUUCACAGGGAACUCUGGGAAUUGUAGCCUUAGAAAAUAAAGCAAGUAACCACGUCAAUCUGCAAAAUCUGUAGUCGGAUGGAGGGGGUAAAUGUAUAGCAGGGGUCAGCAAACCUUUUCAGCAGGGGGCCAGUCCACUGUCCCUCAGACCUUGCGGGGGGCCGGACUAUAUUUUUUGGGGGGGGGAAAUGAACGAAUUCCUAUGCCCCACAAAUAACCCAGAGAUGCAUUUUAAAUACAGUGGUAGCUCGCUUUAAAAACCCUUCAGGUUACAGACGCUUCAGGUUACAGACUCCGCUAACCCAGAAAUGGUACCUCAGGUUAAGAACUUUACUUCAGGAUGUGAACAGAAAUUGCACCGUGGCAGGAGGCCUUGUGACUUCGUAGAAACACAGCUUGCAGCUAUUAAAAUGGCAAGGAUCAGUAGAGAAUGUGUAUCUCAUUUACACAAAUAAUUAUUAUCCUUAACUAUCAAAAUGGCUGACGUUUAUAUCUCUGAAGAAGCAGGGGGAGCCUUAUACUAUUUUCUUCACCCUUUGGAUUUUAGGGAGCACAAAUUAGCAAGAUGUACAUUAUCAGUGCUUAAUACCUAAGCUUGAUAUAUAUUGCAGUCUCAUUGAUAACUUUUGCAGAUUGACUUGGUUACUUGCUUUAUUUUCCAAAGCUGCAGUUCUGUGCACACAUAUUUGGAAUUAAGUCCCAUUAUACUUCUGAAUCAACUUGCUUAAGGUUGCAUUGCAGAACUCGUAGGGUUCACUCUCUGCAGGUGUCAGGUUGGCUCCUUGUAAACUGAGAACCAGCCUUUUUCAAUGCACGCUUUCCCCCCUUUCUGGAGCAAUUUCCCCUUUAUAUUGUAAAAAAUGUGAGGGUUAGCUUAUAGCAUUGACCAUGUCCUUGUGUUGUGUGUUCAUCUGCACAAGCCAUUGUUUUCUUUUAUAAAACAGAAUUUGAAAUCCUAGCUUGAAGUGGGUUUGCAAACUGCAGCCAUGAGGAAUUCUGAUUUUUGUUGAUCAUGGUUGGUAUUGAUACAGGACGCGGGUGGCGCUGUGGUCUAAUCCACUGAGCUUCUUGGGCUUGCUGACCAGAUGUGUAAGGUGAAAACACAAUUAAUGCCAGGAAGAGAGAGGGAAAUAACUUGGAGCAGGAAGGGGAUAUACAUUUCCCACUUUGGCUUUCAGUCAGUCAGUCAAGUUUAUUGCUUAUAGCCAAAGGCUGCUGCAAUGUAUGCAGUGUCAAUCAGUAAAAUAUAUACUAAUUUGAUACAAAAACUUAAAACAUUUGCAUUGUCAAAACAUGACCUAAUCUGCACAAAGCUAUAGAAACUCCUUAGUAUACAAAUUAAAACAUUAGACAAUAAUUAUAAGCUAAAAUCACUGCGGGGCCACUGAUAUAUGAAAAGUAAUGUUAAAUAAUACAAUAGACAAUUAUGUACAAAGUUUAGUGAGAAAGAACUUGGUGUAGAUGGGGUCGAGUAAAUUCAUCUCCUUUACUGUUGAUAGCUAUCCCGGCUAUAUAUUUUUUUCUAAUUUUCCUGGCAGCAGUUGCAAAAAGUGCCACACGCCAGGUCACAUACUUAUCAAUGUCUGCAAGGAGAUACAGCGGUACCUCGGGUUUAGAACUUAAUUCAUUCUGGAGGUCUGUUCUUAACCUGAAGCACCACUUUAGCUAAUGGGGCCUGCCGCUGCUCCGCCACCACCCGAUUUCUGUACUCAUCCUGAGGUAAAGUUCUUAACCCAAGGUACUUUUUCUGGGUUAGCCUGAAGCGUCUGUAACCUGAAGCGUCUGUAACCCGAGGUACCACUGUAUAGAAUCAUGUCAGAGGGAUUCUGGCCAAGGGACCUUAUCAUUAUAUGUGUCAAAAACCGUUCACUUGCUUCAAAGAUAUAAGGGGCAGCACAAGAUUUAAUGCAUGAGGUCCUCUAAUUCAGGGCAUCCCCUAAUACGAACGCGUUCAGUUACUGGUUACUCUAUGAGGCUUUCAGUCUGUAAAUUACGUGUUUUAGGGAGCCCAUACUGUCUCUUCAUUAGACUGUGUUUCUCCUUCUUGUUCCUUUUGCAAAUGAAACUGCUGAAGUAGAAUAAAUCCUACAUUUAGUACCCUACCCCUUAAGCAAGAUUCUUCUUCUUUUUGGUUUCUUCCUUUUUAGUUUCUGGUGUGAAAGGGUUAAUAGACCUCAGUCCCAAAUUUAAAAGGGUUGCAAUUUAAGCUGAAAAGGCUCUUAUUUGACAUUUGUAUCCCAUUCUCUGUUGACUGUUCUGUCUUGUUUUCUACUUAGAUAUUCAGAUUUCGUUGUUCAUGAAAUAGGAAAAGAUGGGCAAACCAUCCAUUUGGAUGACUUCUCUGUGCCUUUAGAUAAAGAGGUAACUUUUCUCUGCCUAGCUUCCAUCAUCAAAUGUGGAAGGCCACAAUUCAAAUCUUGGUUGAAAGAUUUCCAUAGAUUUCUACAUAACAUUUUGUGGUGUUUAUAGGAUCCUUCUGAGGAGAUCUUCACAGUGUUGUCAGCUGAAGACAAGCAGCGGUUAGAAGACCUCCAGCUUUUUAAAAAUAAAGAAGGCAGUGUGGCCAUUGAGGUAAUUGACAAAAUAUCAGAGCUAAUAAAUAAACAAGUUAAUGAUUGGCAAAAUGAUGCAACAGGAUCAAACUCUUUUGGAAGUUGAUUUUGUUCAACUAUGCACCUGUGAAGGGUAUAUAAAAAGAUGCAAGGCUUCUUUGUGAAGUGUUUUAACUUAAAUUUCCAUAAAAGUUGGGAAUAACUACAAUCCUCUACAUUCAUCACGCUGGUAAACAAUGCUUUUUGUGACUAAAUUUACAUAUAGGAGCAAAAAAGGCCUUUCCCUCUUGGGAAUAUACCCUCCUUCUUGCCUAAAGGCAAAUGAGAGUGGUAUUUUUUUGUAGUUUGUUGUAUUGGUCUCCUUACUAUUCUAAGGGGUUAUGAAAAUGGGAUUAAAUGAUUGCAUCUGUUAAAACAAUAACAUAAUUACAAGAAAACUGAAUUUAAUAAUAAAAUAAUUUAUUAUUUAUACCCCACCCAUCUGGCUGGGUUUCCCCAGCCACUCUGGGCAGCUUCCAACUGAAUGUGAAAAACACAAUACAGCAUCAAACAUUAAAAACUUCCCUAAAUAGGGUCACCUUCAGAUGUCUUUUAAAAGUAAGAUAGUUGCUUAUUGCCUUGACAUCUGCUGGGAGGGCGUUCCACAGGGCAGGCGCCACUACCGAGAAGGCCCUCUGCCUGGUUCUCUGUAACCUCACUUCUGGCAGGGAGGGAACCUCCAGAAGGCCCUCAGUGCUGGACCUCAGUGGGGUGAAGAUGCUCCUUUAGGUAUACAGGACUGAGGCUGUUUAGGGCUUUAAAAAUCAGCACCAACACUUUGAAUUGUGCUCGGAAACGUACUGGGAGCCAAUGCAGAUCUCUCAGGACCGGUGUUAUGUGGUCUUGGCGGCCGCUCCCAGUCACCAGUCUAGCUGCCGCAUUCUGGAUUAAUUGCAGUUUCAAAGGUAGCCCCACAUAGAGCGCAUUGCAGUAGUCCAAGUGAGAGAUAACCAGAGCAUGCAUCACUCUGGCGAGGCAGUCUGCGAGCAGGUAGGGUCUCAACCGGCGUAUCAGAUGGAGCUGUUAGACAGCUGCGCUGGACACAGAAUUAACCUGCGCCUCCAUGGACAGCUGUGAGUCCAAAAUGAUUCCCAGGCUGCGAACCUGGUCCUUCAGGCACACAGUUAUCCCAUUCGGGAUCAGGGAGUCCCCCACACCAGCCCGCCCCCUGUCCCCCAAGAACAGUACCUCAGUCUUGUCAGGAUUCAACCUCAAUCCAUUAGCCGCCCUCCAUCCAACCGACUCCAGACACUCACGCAGGACCUUCACCUUUUCUAGACUAUGUCACUUCAGAUUUGGGCACCUGAAUUGUAGUCCCUGCAUACAGAAAAAUCUAGCAGGUCAAAUAAGGGUUUCUUUUUAAAUGUGCAAAGAAUUCUUUUUCUCCUGAGGAGCAUUCAGUCCUAACCCCCACUGGCAGUCUAACAUAGUGAUGGUCAGAAAUGGGCUUCUGUCCUCAUCUGCUGUUUAUGAGAUGAUGUUUACUUCUCCCCCCCCCCCUUUCUUUAAGUUUGUUAUUUAUUGAUUUUCAGAGUACACAAAAUAGCAAUACAGUGAGGACUUGCAGGCCUCCAAAUAUAAACUACAAAUAUACAAAGAAACUACAAAUAUAAAAACCAACCAAGCUAUCACUUUUUGUAUUAUUAUUUUCUAUGCCGCUGCUUAGGUCAUUGAAGACACUAAGGAAAAAAGGACCGUUAUGCACCAGGCUGUAAAAUCUUUGUUUCCAGGACUAGAGACUAAAACAGAGGAUCGGGAUGGGAAAAAAUACAUCGUUGCUUAUCAUGCAGCUGGAAAAAAGGCUCUUGCAAGUGAGUUUGACCUUAUUUGAAACUUUCAAAACAAAAAUGGCUCCGUCGUAUACCCGCGUGUAAAAAUCUGUCUUAACUGUGCAAUUCCAGGCAUGUAUACUCAGGUGCAAGUCCCGUUGGGCUCAACAGAGUUCGCUUCCAAGUGAGCAUGUGUAGGAUUGCAGCCCAAUUAAUCAAAAUCAGCAUUAACUAGGCAUUGAUUGUGUUAUGUUUAAGUCACAUAGGAUGAUAGGAAGUCUUGGAGGGACAUUAAAACUCUGUGUACUUGCUUUUGCUUAGUGCGUUUUUACAAAGCUAUGGAAGAAUUGUCCUUAAAGAAAUAACGGUCUUGUAACAGACAGUCCAUAAGUAUGUAGUGGAAAAUUGUAAUAUUCUAGUUUGGGUCUGCACAGAGAUUUGUGUAACUGUAGAACAAACAGAUUUGAUGUAAGCUUAGCCUUUCCCCUCCUUUCAAAAUGCGGUUUCUGUAGGUUUUUUUUGUUUAAAGGUCUGAACAUGCAGUCAGGUUGUACAAAUAAAGUUAAAAGAAGUUGCAGGGGUUACAUGAUCAACCUAUGUUGCUGAAACACUAUUUUGUAUGAUGGAAUUGCUCAAAGAAAAUAAAUACCUCCGUAUAAACCUGAGGAAGCAAGCAUUAAACAAUCUGUGAGGAUUUUAGAAAAUGUAUCGUUUUUAAAAUAAAUGCUAGUCUUACUGUCUAAAAAUGGAAAAAGUUUGGAAAGGGGGGGAAAACCCUGUAGGCUGCCAUGCUGAUAUUAUUAUUAUUAUUAUUAUUAUUAUUAUUAUUAUUAUUAUUAUUACAGUGGUGCCCUGCAAGACGAAAAACUCGCUAGACGAAAGGGUUUUGCGUUUUUUGAGUCGUUCUGCAAGACGAAUUUCCCUAUGGGCUUGCUUCGCAAGACGAAACGUCUUGCGAGUUCUUGCGAGUUUGUUUCCUUUUUCUUAAAGCCGCUAAGCCGUUAAUAGCCGCUAAGCCGCUAAUAGCCGUGCUUCGCAAGACGAAAAAACCGCAAGACGAAGAGACUCGCAGAACGGAUUAAUUUCGUCUUGCGAGGCACCACUGUACAUGGGAAUAAGUCCCAUUGAACACAGUUCCUUCUGAGUAGCAUUGGUAGAGGAGAAAAAAUAUCCAGGCUGAAAAUUAAAGCAUGGAUGGCUAACCUUUUGCUCUCCAGAGGUUGCUGUGCUGAAAUUCCCAUCAUCCUGAACUAUUGGGCUUGCUGGGUGGGAAUGAGGGGAGUUGGAACCAAAACAAGGCCACAGGUUAACCACCUGUAUGGGAUGAAUGGACCCAUUGCAGUCUGGUGCUACUUGAGGAUGGGGCUAAAUCUGUCGUGCCCCACUUCUGCACAAAUUUUAUCUGUUCGGAAAUACAAAUUAUCAAUAAAAAUACUUACUUACAUGAGGCUGUCAGAAGGUUCCAGCGCUGCCUGCCUGGUGCUUUCUGAUCUAAAUCCGUGUUUGUUCCUUUUAAAAUUGACUAGAAAAAACCCCGUCUUUAUGUACUCUUUGUGCCUUUAAAUAAAAACUAGCCAACCAGUAGGUUGCUCUGCAGCUCGGCAUUUUUCCAGCAUAUGCCAAGAUUGACUGGGAGAAAAACACCCCGGCUUGCUUUCUGUGUCUUUAUUGGCAUCUUGAUCUGUUAAACAGCAGUCAGUAGAUGAUGCUCAUCUCCAUAGAGUGAAAAACGUCAGCUUAAGCAGCUUGAUAGGGCAGAUAAAUUUCUCAAUCCUAGCUGCUCUGUGUCUUGGAAUUAGAAUAUUGUUGCUCUUCACAACUGUGAAAUCUAUAUUGCCUAUUUUAUUUUUAUUAUCACGGCCUAGGACCCUCGUACCUACGGGACCGCCUCUCCUGGUAUGCCCCACGGAGAACCUCAAGGUCCAUAAUUAGCAACACCCUAGAGGUCCCGGGCCCUAAGGAAGUUAGAUUAGCUUCAACCAGAGCCAGGGCCUUUUCAACACUGGCUCCAACCGGUGGAAUGCUCUGUCUCAUGAGAACAGGGCCCUGCAGGAUCUGAUUUCUUUCCGCAGGGCCUGUAAGACAGAGUUGUUCCGCCUGGCCUUCGGCUUAGAAUCAAUUUGAUUCCCUCCCUCUCUUUCUUUUUUCUUUUCCUUUCUCCUCCUGCGAUGAGGCUACAUUUUAAUAUUUUAAUGUUUCAAUAUUUUAAUGUUGUGUUUUAAUGUUGUUUUUAAUUUGUACUCAUUCAACUUGUUUUUAUUAUUGCUUGUUAGCCUCCCUGAGCCCGCCUUGGCUGGGGAGGGCGGGGUAUAAAUAAAAGUUAUUAUUAUUAUUAUUGUUAUUAUUAUUAAUUAAUGUGAUUCAAAAUAGGAUAUUAAAGAUCUGGGGGGAGAUGUGGUUGUCAAUUGCACUGAAUUUAUUUAUUGCACUGAAUAUAUUUAAGUACAGUCCAUGUUUGCAUGCGUUGUGCAUGGAGCAUGCAUGUUUACAGGUACAAACAGAAAUACUCAAGCCAUGCUCUCCAUCUUCCCUACUGUUGGAGCAAAAUGCAUGUGUUAGCAUAUGUUAUCUGGGUGAUUUUUCUAAAAUGGUUGAAGGGAGGGGGUGAUGUGAAUGUCUUUGUAUGGUGCUACCAAACUUCAGGCAGUGACCUUUCAGACAGUCGUACGUUUUCCCAGACGUCUAGUACAAGUGAAUUUCUCCAGUGCAUAUGAACAAACUUCCUCUUGCGUAAGAAUUUGCAAGUUCACUGUAUUCUGUACUGGUGGAGGGACGACACAACCUGACUCAUUGAAAUUUGUAUUAAUUAGACUCUCAGUUUUGAACUGGAUUCUGCAGGCGCUUCUGUUCUAAACACAUGGAACGCUUAAUAACCUUUGUUUAUCCGCUCUUUGCGUCGCUGCCCUCAGUGUAGUUUGUUGCGUGUGUAGCUGAAACCUUUCCAUUUGUUCACUUCUCCCUCUGCACGAUUCCAUUGCAUAGCUGUCUAAAUAGACGUCAGUCGCCACAUUCACUGUUGAAUGCUCCAGACAUCUGCAGUGUUACAACACAUAAACUUGCAUGUUCCCAUCUGAAGCACUUUGAUGCCUUUAAAAGAUAAAAUAAAAAUAAAACAUUGCUCUCUUAUGCUCUUUACCCCAUGCCUAUGAACAGAGGUCAGAACUUCAACAGGUAAGAAAGAGAUGUUGGCAUUUCAUGUUAGGAAAAAAUGAAAUGCCAAUCCCAUCGACAGUAAUUUAGACCAGCUAAACAGUUUUCCAAUUUCAUGACUAACGGAAAUAAACCUUUCUCCAGCCCAAUCCUAUCUAUCAUAGAAUCAUAGAGUUGGACCACAAGGAUAAUCUAGUCCAGCCCCCUGUAAUUCAGGAAUCUUGUUGCCCAUCAUGGGGCUCAACCCUGGGCUGCCCAGAUGACAAGACUCUCGUCUCAGCCUCGCAAAGGAAAGCAGAGCAAGACAUUUGGCACGAGCUUAGCUGCCAGAAAGGGGUGUAUAAGGCACCACCCAACUGUCUUAGGGACUCCACUCUGGGUUUGUGUAGGGUUCGCUCCUUAAGCCUUUUCUUUUCCCUCAGGGCAGUGGAGAUUGAGGACCAGAAGAUGGGCAAGUCUCAUCUGCCCCUCACUCAUUUUCCGUGAGCCACCCAGAGAAGCUACAGCAUACAAAAGCCAUAAAUAAAUCAAUAAAAAUAAAUUUGUCCUCAACAACUAUGAUCCCUAAUUGUCAUAAUAUAGAUAGCCCCUUUGAGAGUUAGGUUUUCAAUAUGCUCAGAAUUCUUACAUUCUACAUAGCUUUUUUGGUAAACUGCCUUGAGGGUUUUCCCCGGCAUGUAAAUUUUAUGAAAUAAAGGAUAAAUAAAAUAGUUUAACCAAAGUAACUUGGAAAUAAUCCCAAGUACAGUGGUACCUCUAGUUACGAACUUAAUUCGUUCCAGAGGUCCGUUCUUAACCUGAAACUGUUCUUCACUAGAGGCAUGCUUUCGCUAAUGGGGCCUCUUGCUGCCGCUGCGCCGCCGGCACACAAUUUCUGUUCUCAUCCUGGGGCAAAGUUCUCAACUCGAGGUAACUCUUCCAGGUUAGCAGAGUUUGUAACCUGAAGCAUUUGUAACCUGAGACGUUUGUAAGUACUGUCCCUCUGCUUGGUUGCAGACCAUAGCAGUUAAUCAUUCAGAAAAUUAUAACCCAUUAAUAUUGUUCUCUCUAUAUAAUGAUUUUCCUUGCACUUGAAACAACAGAAGACAAGAGAAUUAAGUGUUAAAAGAAAAAAGUUCAAAGGCCCCUGAGGAUACAUUUGCAUCAUAACACUUAACUGUGGUUAAUGUGAACCAUGGUUUGCACGUUCUGACCAUAGUUUCUGCCCAAUUUUGAACCAUGGUGUAAAUGUUCACCAUAUCUAACCAAAGUUAAGGAGAGCAAGCAAUUCUUAGGCAUUAUGUCUUCUCAGUGCCUGUUUGAAUGCAGUGAUGUACCAUAAUUGAUUGCUGUGGGAACAAGGUUUGUUCUUGGCUACAGAUAGUGUUUAGCGAGGAGAGUGCUUAACCACGGUCCCAGGUUUGGAUGACACGCUAAGCCUAACCUCGACUUAACUGAGUGCAGCUCAGAGUAAAAAAGGCCAGGGAGGAGUGAAGCGGUUGCAAGCUCCUCCAUGGGAGCCUUCACAGUCCAGGCAGACCAUAGGUUGGUUUACUGUGACAUGGGAAGAAGACCAUUGAGUUUGUUCACAUGUACUACCAAACCAUGGUUUAGCACUUUAGGGACAAGUCCUCUGCUUGCACAACGUUGUUUAAUUAGGUUUGUCAAAAAUGGAGUAUGAGGAGGAGCAUACUAGCCUCAGGCUUGGUAAUAUAACACUAAACCAUGGUUUGGUAUUAAGUGUGAACCAACCAAGUGCGCUUUUGAAAACCACCCAAGAGUCUUCAUAAGGAAAAUGCGAUUUGAACUUCCUUGUUUUCAGUCCCAGUUUUCAGUCCCAUUUGCAAUGAAUGAAAUAUCUGGCAAGAAGUGUAAUCGUUGCAUUAAUAAUGUGUGACUUUGCCCUAAGACUAUCCAAUAUAAUAUUUUUUUUGUUGGUGGGACCCUUGCCAUCUCUGCAUAUGGGCAAGCUACAGCAAACAAUCUUUUUAGGUGGCGACACUUUGUUUUGCCCAGUACUGUUUUGUGGGAUGAAUUACGUUGCAUAGUAGUAGCUCUUUGCAGUGUUCUGAUGGACUCUUUAAAAAGUUGCCAAGAGGAAUUUAGCAUUGUCGAAGGAAGAGGUAAGCCUGAUAUAUUCCACCCCCACAAAGAAUGGAUAAAACAGCAGCAAGUGUACAAAUGAUUUGCAGGGGGUGGGGGGAGGAGAGAGAGAUUUACGCAAGAUUUUUUUUGUGUGUCUGAAUUACCAAAAAAACACAACAACAAAAAACCACCCUAAAUGGAAAACAAUGAAAAUGGCCAUACUUUAAUACUUUGUAUGUUUUAACAUUUUGUCUUUAAAGAUCCAAGAAAACAUUCUUGGCCCAAAUCUAGGGGAAGUUAUUGCCACUUUGUCUUGUACAAAGAGAACAAGGACACCAUGGAUGCUAUCAACGUGCUGUCGAGAUUUUUAAGGUGGGUCAACCUUUUGACAAGAGAGGACAGUAAAUCUGCAAAACUUUCUGAUAGGUGGUAGAAAUGCCAUCCUUUGAGACGGUUGGUUUGGGCAACAUUGCAGCAUGCUGAAGGUAAAGUGGCUGCUUUUUAGUGGUCAGUUUUGGAAAUAACGUGUAGCCCGUGUGUAACAAUUUGUAAUUUUUGAUCCUUGUGGAAUCCUGAGGCGGUAAGACUCCAUUACAAAAACGGGAGGGAGAGAGAUAGAAAUUCUGUGCAUUGUAAUAACCAUAAUUUUAUUAUUAUGCCCUGCCCAUUUGGCUGGGUUUCCCCAGCCACUCUGGGCGGCUCCCAACAGAAUAUUAAAAACGCAAUAAAACAUCAAACAUUUAAAACUUCUCUAAACAGAGCUGCCUUCAGAUGUCAUCUAAAAGUCAGAUAGUUGUUUAUUUCCUUGACGUCUGAUGGGAGGGCGUUCCACAGGGUGGGCGCCACCACCGAGAAGGCCCUCUGCCUGGUUCCCUGUAACCUCACUUCUUGCCGUGAGGGAACUGCCAGAAGGCCCUUGGAGCUGGACCUCAGUGUCCAGUCUUGUGUGUGUUCAAAUACUUCUUUCCAAAUUCAGUCUUGACAUCAGCUUGGGCACAGUGCACAUUGCUUUUGUCCUGCCAAGCUGACAGCUUCUAAGACUAUAACUGGCGACACAUAAUAGAAGCAAAAGGUUGGCUUUAAAUUGUGCGCUCUGGCUCCUAAUUGCGGUUAACCGUGGUGAGACAGAGAUGUGUGUUUUUCGCCUAGACUGUCGGAAGUCCUUUCCCUGAGUUUUUGUUCUGCUUUGUACCGAACUUCAAGAGAAGCAGCCUCAGCAUAAGCGCAGGGUAGAAAUAAAUAAAAAGUGUGCACUUGGCAUCGGCUCGCAAGUUAUUUGAGUGGUGGCAAACAGAAAUCCUUAUGGAUGGUUUUUAUUUGGGAGAGGUAUUUUUUUGGGGGGGAUGGCUCUUAACUGGAUCAGAUUGUUGUUAUGUCUCUCGAGUUUCUCUCCUGUGCAUGAUUAUGAAUCAAAUCAGCAAUGGGGAACCUCAGACGAGGAGGUCAGACGUGGUCCCCAUGGCUUCUCUGACCCUCGAGACUCGUGCAAGCCCUGUCCCUUUCCCAGGCCACCCUCUCUUCCGAGACCAGGCCUCUGCCCUUGCUCAAGUCCUAUUACAGGGUGGAAUGUGUCCUUUAAUUGUAACAGUGCUUCUCACUUGCCUGGAUAGAAAGAAGUGUGUUUUUGUAGGAAGCACUGACAUUUAUGCAGGGCUGGAAGGUAGCCUGCUGUACAGAGGUAAGAGUCACAUCCGUUACGCCACCAACUUUGUCCACCUGCUGACAUUGCAGCCCCUUUCAAGGUCGCCCUAGCGGGAAUCUGGCCCUCAAAUUUAUUUAAAUGAUACGCUGUUGGCAAGCAAAGGUAAUAACUUCUAACGCUUCUUUCCCCUACCUGUUUUGCUAGUGCUGAACAUUUUUCUUUCUCAUUUUUUUAAAGAGUUAAGCCAAACAUAUUUUCAUACAUGGGGACGAAAGACAAAAGGGCUAUUACAGUUCAAGAGAUCGCUGUCCUCAGGUAAGUAGAAGCAGGGUGGUGUUUAAAUGUUACCUGGCUUGCUGACAUAAAUAUAAUAAUAAUAAUAAUAAUAGUAGUAAUAAUAAUAAUUUGUAUACUACCCUAUACCCAAAAAUCUCAAGGCGGUUCACAAAAUAAAAUCACAAUAUAAAAAUAAUCUUAUCUGUGUGCAAGAUGGAAAUAAUUGAUUUUAUAAAAGUGUUGUGGCAUUCUGUAAGUACCCAAGGCAUUUGAAUCAGUCAUCCCGCAAUUCUGCAGAGUAAGUGGCUGCAGUUAGAUUUGAAAACCUUCAGUUUUAAACUGGGGGCAUGAAUGUUAAAAGAUGUAAUGAACGGGCUGCUGGAAUCACGGUUUCAGAAAUAGGUUUCAAAAAUACAGUUUGCACCUGUGCUUCAGUCACUGUACAGUAACUCCAAAAUCAAUUAUCCUGUGUGGAGACCCCGUUUUUGUUAAAUCUUUCCCUCUCUAUCUCCAUGUUUAGAAUCACUGCACAAAGGCUGGCUCACUUAAAUAAUUGCUUGAUGAAUUUCAAGCUUGGAAACUUCAGUUACAAGAACCACCCGCUAAAGCUGGGAGAAUUGCAAGGAAAUCAUUUCACAGUAGUUCUCAGGUAAAAGUUCUGUUUUCCAAGGCUGCUUUGUUACAGUUCAAUGCUUUAUGUUAAAUCCCACUGUGUUGUGUGAAAGAUACGAUAAUCACAGUUGACUUGGUGUUCUAUAUAUUUUUUUCUGUUGGAGAGAUAGAAAAUCCAUUCAUGUAAGAGUGGGGGCUGUAUUAAAGAGACUUCUGGACUUCACAAUCGUCAACAAAAAUGUGUCCAGCUUUGUUUUUCUUACCCAGAGUUAUAGCGAAGAUAAAACAAAGGGAGGUGAUUGGUCUGGUAGCAUCAAUGUUAGGAAUAUCCCAGAUUUAAAGAAUGGUGGGUUAGAUCCAGAUUAAAUUUGUUGCAUUGGACCCACUGGGUUCUAUUCAGCGCUGCAUGAGCAGCGUUCCACUUGUGCAUCAUAACUUCCCCUUUCUCUCCUUUGCCUGUGUGCCCCCCAAAAUCUGAUCCCCCAGAUCAGGAGGGUAUGCAGGGGGCUGCGGAGGAAAGGACGGUGAAAUUUCAUUGCAAAAGCUGAAGUAUGUUAUAUGAGUGGGAACAGCAGUGUUGAUCUAAGCAAUGUAUUUAUAUCUAAGCAUGUCCCAGAAACUCCAGCGGGUGCAGAAUGCUGCAGCGAGGCUCCUCACGGGGUCUCUGCCAUGGGAGCAGAUUCACCCAGUGCUUUUCCAGCUGCACUGGCUGCCGGUGGAGUACAGAGUCAGAUUUAAGGUGCUGCUUUUGACCUUUAAAGCCCUUCACGGCCUAGGACCCUCGUACCUACGGGACCGCCUCUCCCGGUAUGCCCCAUGGAGGACCUUAAGGUCCAUAUAUAGCAACACCCUAGUGGUCCCGGGCCCUAAGGAAGUUAGAUUAGCCUCAACCAGAGCCAGGGCCUUCUCAACACUGGCUCCAGCCUGGUAGAACGCUCUGCCUCAUGAGACCAGGGCCCUGCAGGAUCUGAUUUCUUUUCGCAGGGCCUGUAAGUCAGAGUUGUUCCGCCUGGCCUUUGGCUUGGAGUCAAUUUGAUUCCCUCCCCCUCUUUCUUUUUUCCUUUCUCCCCCUGUGAUGAGGCUGCAUUUUAAUGUUUCAAUGUUUUAAUGUUGUAUUUUAAUCUUGUUUUUAAGUUGUAUUUAUUCAACUUGUUUUUAUUGUUGCUUGUUAGCUGCCCUGAGCCCGGCCUUGGUUGGGGAGGGCGGGGUAUAAAUAAAAUUUAUUAUUAUUAUUAUAUUUCAGUAGGACCUAAAUUGUUUCUAAUGGGACUUAAGUGUGUCUAAUUUACCCUGAACACGAUUCUUUCUUUUUAAUACUUUUUUAAAAAAAUCUUUUUUGCACAGCCUGAUUUUUCUUUCUCAUGCCUUUUUCUUCGGGAUGGAGCUCUGCUUUAACAGCUGCCAGGGCAGCGUUUGCAUGCCUGUGCAGGAUUGCUCUGCGGUUGUGGAAUCUGGAACUUUGCCCCGGGUUUGGCUGCUUGACAAUCUUAAGCAAUUCGGGGAGCAGUCAUCACAAUGACACCAGGUUAAGUUGGUAUAAAGUCUUCUUCUUUGGCAAUCCCUCGUAGCCGAGUAAGAUUGUCUUCCAUAAACACGCUUUUAACAAUGAGUCCGUAAGUGACUGUGGAGGCCAAUUCUGGACCCACACGUCCUUCCACAGUGGGGACAUUGGUUUCUGGGUGGGAGUUGAUCACAGUGUGGAUUUGCCAAGCGUGCCUUCCUCUUAGCACGUUUCUCCCUUGCGUCCUGAGUUCGAGCGUCUUCAAAGCCCAUGACACCUUUGGUAAAGGCUGUUCUCCAACUGGAGCUCUCGUAGGCCAGUGUUUCCCAGUUGUCAGUGUUUAUACUACAUUUUUUUAAGAUUUGCCUUGAGACAGUCUUUUGUUAACCACCAGUAUUACGCUUUCCAUUUCUAAGUUCGAAAUAGAGUAGUUGCAUUGGAAGACUAUCAUCAGGCAUCCACACAACAUGACCAGUCCAACGAAGUUGAUGUUGAAGAAUCGUUGCUUCAACACUGGUGAUCUUUGCUUCAGAAGUAGGCAAGGGUCUGAGAACUGAUCUAGUCAGAAAAGCUAUUUUUGCAGAUAAACUUGAUUUUUCUUCCCUGCUCCUGUUGACUCAGGGCUAUAAAUCUAAACACUCAAUGGAGAAGCAAGAACUGAACAGAGUGGGAUUGACCUCUGAAUAUAUCUGUGCAUAGGAUUGUGCUGUACACGUGCCAAUUCAUCGUCUUCACGUUCUAACGCACGCUGUGUGCCUGUGUACUUUUCUCCUAAUAUAGUUUUUUCUUUUAUCAGAAACAUAACCGGGACCGAUGAUCAAGUUCAACAUGCCAUGCAGUCUCUCAGGGAAAUUGGGUUUGUUAACUACUAUGGGAUGCAAAGAUUUGGAACCACAGCUGUCCCUACAUAUCAAGUUGGAAGGUGAGCUCCUUUUAUUUGGCAUAUAUGUGGCACCUUAAAGCAGCUGGGAGCCCAGUGAGUAGGAAUUUGGGGCCUGACAGAUACGGAUUCAAACCCCAGAUCACCUGUCGCCUGUGGCCGGGAAUGGGCUGCUAUUUCUCAGCUUUAGCCCCUGUCAGUAAUAAAAAAUCAAAUCAAAUCAUAAAUCUCCUAGUCCAUAUGAGUGUGGGAAGGAUUGCAUAUGGAAUACUAUGUUUAAAAUUUUGGCUGUUGAAUGCACACUGUAAAAAGUUUUCAUUUUAUACGAAUGUCUUUCCUUUGAAACCUUUAGUAGAACUAAGUUUGCAGCCCAACCCACUUGUUUGCUGGUUCAAGCGAUUCUGUGUUUUGCCUUGGCAGACUCAUAGGAUUUUCCUUCCUUGCUGGCAAUGCAAUAUUAACCAGAUGUUCUUCUAUAUUUUUAGAGCUAUACUACAGAAUAACUGGAAUGAAGUCAUUGAUUUAAUCCUAAAACCACGUCCUGGAGGCAAGCAAUUUUUUUUAGCCAUUUUGGACUCAAUUUCAUUCAACAGUGGUUUUACAUACUGAAAGGAGCACGUCUAUAUAGUUUGCCUGUUUAUGUUUUGAAAGCAAGGGAUUAUAUUAAUAAAAAUAUUAAUAAACAGCUACAGUGGUACCUCGGGUUACAAACACUUUGGGUUACAGACUCCGCUAACCCAGAAGUAGUACCUCGGGUUAAGAACUUUACCUCAGGAUGAGAACAGAAAUCGUGUGGUGGCGGCACGGCAGCCACAGGAGGCCCCACUAGCUAAAGUGGUACCUCAGGUUAAGAAUGGACCUCCGGAACUAAUUAAGUUUGUAACCAGAGGUACCACUGUAUUCAUUUAAAAAAAUAGUAAUAGAAUGGUUCACCGCAGUCAUACAUAAAACCAUACAAUUAAAUCCAUAUAAAAAUUUAAAAUCAGAAAUCUACUGAGAAGGAUAUUUUCUUCAUGGCCAGCAAAAGUUUGGCAGCAUAGAACAGUUUCCAACAGCUGCUUAAAAUUUAAAAGAAGCGGCUGAAUCUCUGUUUGCAGAGCAUUCCACAGGACUGGGCCAAUAAUGGUAAUGGCACAUUUUCUCGUUGCUGUCAAAUGAGCCAGUGUCCAACAUAUAGAUCCUAAUUCAUUUCAAAUUGUGUCCUGAUUCUAUAAUGCUAAGUAUCGUAAGCUGAUGCUGUAGGAUGGAGCUUGAUAUUUAAAUUCAGAAAUGCCACAUCCUGAAGCUUUAAAAUGGGGAAACAAAAGGAUAUGUGGGUUGCAGGGUAGGGAAUACAGUAGUUAAAAACCCAGCUAAUAGCACAAAUUGAAGAUGGAAAUAUAAGUGGCCCACUUGAUAUGUAGGGACAGCUGUGGUUCCAAAUCUUUGCAUCCCAUAGUAGUUAGCAGUUAACAUGAAGCUCUGGGGAAAAUGGAUUUUAAGGGCAAGCAUGCUGGUUUGUGGGUCUAGAUGUCAGACAGCGUACUUUGCAAAUGCACCCAGCGGAUAGGUAUUUGCUGAAAUUCAGAGUGACUUUGAUGGCGCUAACCUCAAGGAAGUUGAGUAAGGUUUGCAAUAUAUAGCAUGUUGCCAUCUGUUCCAGGUGGUUAACUGAAAAUGCAGGAUAGUUUUGAAACUGGCUGAGAAGGAUUUUGUGCUAUAGAUACCAUUGACUUAGGUUCUGUGUGGGCCUGUUUUUGAGCUGAACUCCUUUUACAAAUAAAAAGGAAACCCGCUCACAUGGGUUGAAAUUAAAGCGCUUCCCAUUUAUGCAAAUGGUCGUUGCAGCUGAAAAGGGAUACUUGGUAAAAUGCCGAGAAGAGUGGGCAAAAACGAAAGACCCAGAUGCGGCCCUCAAAAAACUGCCCGUGAAACGGUGUGUGGAGGGACAGCUGCUCCGGGGACUUUCAAAGUACGGACUGAAGAAUAUAGUCUCUGCAUUUGGCAUAGUAAGUUGCAGCGUUUGCUUGUUUUUGUAGACCGUCUCUGGGCAUGUCUGAAAACAACUUGGGGGUGAAGUCAAAUUUAUGGUGAAUGGUAAAUGGCCUACUGGAGAAGUAUUUUCCCCUCCCUCCUUCCUUCCAUAUUUUUCAUUAGGUUUUAUUAGUUCUGACUCGCCAGGCCAAAGGGAGUUGUUUUUUAAAGAUGUAAAUUGAGCCAGGGGCUCCCUAGUAUUGUCAGGCAUGUAUUUAAACCAUUAACAGUGCCGUCCUUACAUAUGUCUGCUCAGAAUUGAGUCCAUUGGGUGGCGCUGUGGUCUAAACCACUGAGCCUCUUGGGCUUGCCAAACAGAAGGUCGACGGUUCGAAUCCGCGCAGUGGGGUGAGCUCCUGUUGUUUUGUCCCAGCUCCUGCCAACCUAGUAGUUUGAAAGCACGCCAGUGCAAGUAGAUUAAUAGGUACAGCUGUGGCGGGAAGGUAAACGGCGUUUCCAUGCGCUCUGAUUUCCGUCAGGGUGUUCUGUUGCGCCAGAAGCGGUUUAGUCAUGCUGGCCACACGACCCGGAAAGCUGUCUGUGGACAAAUGCUGGCUCCCUCAGCCUGAAAGCGAGAUGAGCACCACAACCCCAUAGUCGUCUUUGACUGGACUUAGCCGUCCAGGGGUCCUUUACCUUUACUUUACCUUACCUUACCCCAGGCAUGCGCCUUACAAAAUUAGCAUCAUGUUGAUUAACACUUUUUCCUGGUCUGCAGAUCCCAAGAAAUAAUCGUUUGAUGUAUAUUCAUAGCUAUCAGAGUUAUGUAUGGAAUAACAUGGUGAGCCGCAGAAUAGAAGAAUAUGGGCUUGUUGCUGUGCCAGGAGAUCUUGUACUAAAAGGAGGUAAAAUGUCAACAUUGCUUGAUGUCAGGGCGUGUGUGUAUGUGGUGGCACGUAGUCAAUAAUACAUUUUGGAAUAUUUUCCUAGUAUCUUGUUCUCUAAAACUAGAGAUGAGCACAUACACCCUCUCGUUUAUUUAGAAUUAGGCUUGGCAGACCAAACUUUUAAAGUGUUAAGUGGAACAAGAUUUUUUUAAAAAUGCCCAAUCCUGGAUUAUGCUCUUGGUUAUAUCAUUGGAAGUUCGAUGGGAUCUGAAAGUCCUUUGAGUCCUCUCCCUUCUGACUCUGGAGAUGGCAGCGAGCUCUUCCUCCCAGUAGUUGUUCCCAGCUGGAUUCUGGUAUGCUGUGGGGUACUACAUUUCCCAGGUUACCUGAGCUCUGGAACAUGGUUGUUUGGAAGUCCCCUGUGUUGACAGGGAAGAGGGCUUUGCAGGAAGGGCUUCAGUGAGAUACUGCCAUCACUGCCUAAGUUAAGUAGGAGAAGAAAGAGGUUCGGUGGGGGUGGUCUUCAGAGGGCAGAGGCACGGAUUUUGGAGAGGGAGGACCUGGUGAUCCGACUCAGCAACCCUAGGACUUAGAUUUGCCAGUAAUUUGUCAGUGUACCUACCAGUGACAGUCUGGUGCCUUCCGUUGUGUACAAUUUUGUGCUACCCAGGCUGCUUAUCCUGUUUGAAACUAUAUGUCCUCUUUGCUUUGUUCCUUGUUAAGGAGCUCAUAAAGAUAACACUAUCUAGAAAAAGAUUUCUCAGUAGGAAAUCUGGUUGAGAUGACCUGGAAAUUACUUGAAACAUCCUCUUGCUUUUAGGUACAGCUGUUUAUAUCGAAGAAUCAGAUGUUGACAAUUACACCAUCCAUGAUGUCGUGAUGCCGUUGCCUGGUUUCGAUGUUAUCUAUCCAAAGCACAAAAGUAAGAAUUCUAUUUAAAGUCAAAAGUGGAUGAUAUGUGCAUAAUCAGGUUUGCUAUGCUGGCAGAUAAGUGCUGGGGAUGAGUGUGUACGUGUGUCUGUACAAAAGUAACUAAAUGGGUUUUGUAUCUGAUUUCAAUAAGCACAGAUUAAAUAGGUCCAUUGACAUUAGCUGGCUCCAUUGAUUUCAGUGGAUUUACUAAUGUGACCUAACAUUUGAUGUAUAAAUAUUGCUGUAUAUUAAUGGAGAAUUAGGAGUAUUUUCUGUAUUUGGAUCAACGGUAAUUUAGUUGUAACCAUAUUUUAAGGGAAGAUCAUUCAGUCAUUAAAUAGUGUUCUCCAAACUAGUAGGAUCAGGCAUUAACGAAGUGCGGCUAGCAGGAGAAAUAGAAAAGUUUUUUUUAAGAAAUAUUCAUCAGCUUGUAUGCUAAAGGGAGAAGGAAGGAAAGAGAAACAGUUUGUUGGAGACAAAUAGUCUAGCAGCAUCCAGAUUUAGGGCAUGUGCAGUCAUUACUUCAUUCCUCUAUCCCCAACUGGUACACUGGAAGCAUGUUAAUAGAUAUUUUUAAUAGGAGCGGAGGCACAUCUAACUAAUAGGGGCUUAUAUGAUCAUGGGCUUUGCUGCCACCCUAGUUCCAUUUAAGACGAUUGCCUCCUUACCAAAAUGGCUUGAAAGUCGGUUUUAUAUCCCAGGACCAGGGAUUUCCUACAAAUAAUUUCUUAUUAAAUAGAGCUGUAAAGAAAAAGACUACGCUUUUGGGCCACGUUUCAACAUUACUGGUCAGAAUUGCAUCAGAUGCAAGAGGGGAAACUUACAACGCAUUUGCCCUGAAUUCCAUGUGACCAUCCAUAUAUAUAUAUGUCUUUUUACGGCAGUUGGGAAAGCCUACGAGGAAAUAUUGGCCGCUGACAAUCUCGACAUCAGUAAUAUGAAGCACAAAAUUCGAGACUAUUCCUUAUCUGGAGCCUACAGAAAGAUCAUCAUCCGACCUCAGGAUGUGAGCUGGUAAGUAAAUAGCCCACAGUUUAGUAGCCAGAGGAGGAGACGGAUGAUAAGCCUAAGAACUGCUACUAGAAAUGAUGACUUUAUUGCUUCCAGAGUGUACCAGUUGAUUGAUCUCAAGUGGGAGAGGGCUGCUGCGUUCAUGUCCUGCUUUUGAGCGUGGAAUAUUGGACUAGAUCGGUCUUUGGACUGAUUCAGCAGGUCUUGUUUACGUUCUGAACCAUGUGCUUACUGAUGUGUGCUUGAUGAUGGUUGUGCUCCACUGCUUAUCUCGAAGAGCAGCAUGAAGCCACAAGUCUAUACUGCUGCUGCUCCUCAGUUAAAAAGGAGAUAAAAGUUCCAUGUUUAAAGGGGAACCCAAUAUGUAUGUAACAAAGGUAACAUUUAGCGUUUAACCUUUGUUAGAAAGAAAUCCCAAGUCCUCCAAGAUUCAGGCGCAAGACUCUGCAGAGCUACUUGAAUAAAUCCCAUUGGUUUCAGAAGGAACCGAGUAGGCGUGGAAAGUAUUGCAGUGUUUAAGCCAACAGGCUUUGCACUGAAAACAGGUUGCCAUCUUCAAGCCCGGGUGUGGAGAGCCAUUUCUACCAAGUAUAAAACAGCCUCCUAGAACAACGUUGCAGUGAGGAAUUUCUAAUACAGUGGUACCUCUGGUUGCGAACGGGAUCCGUUCCGGAGGCCCGUUUGCAACCUGAAAAGAACUCAACGUGCACGGGUCGCGAUUCGCCACUUCUGUGCAUGACAUCAUUUUGCGCGUCUGCGCAUGCGUGAGCAGCGGAACCCGGAAGUAACCCUUUCUGGUACUUCUGGGUUGCCACAGGACGCAACCUGAGAACGCACAACCUGAAGCAAACACAACAUGAGGUAUGACUGUACAGGUAUAUGAUUCUUAUUGCUGGGCACGUUUUAAAUCUCUCUCUCUUUUUUAAAGGGAGCUAGUUGUGUAUGAUGACCCCAAGAUUCCAUUAUUUAAUACAGACUUAGAUAAACUGGAAGGAAAACCACCUGCAGUUCUUGCAACAGGUAAUAUUUUUUCAAUUGUGCCAUAUAUGAUUCUUCAGCCAUGCAUGUUCCAAUAAUAAUAAUAAUAAUAAUAAUAAUAAAAUUUAAAAAAACUUUUUUUUGUAUCCCGCCCUCCGUGGCCAAGACUGGGAUCAGGGCAGCUAACAUCAAAUAUAUAACAUUGGUAUAAAAUCAAAUAAUAAUUAAAUUACCUCCUAAAAACAAGUCAGGAUCAAAUUAAAAUCUAAUUAGAUGGCUUUCCGCAGAAUUAGGGUUGGGAACAGUAGAUGUUCAUAAGGCCCAACAGAUGCUCACAGAAUCUAACUGCUUAAUACAAUGGUGUUUUUUUAAAAAAAUAAAAUGUUGGGCUGAAAGCUUUAAAAAGUAUGUUUCUUCCCAAAAUUAGAUACUGAGCUAAUAGACAGAGUUAAAACAGCUUACCAGAAACAUUGGUACUUUUGCAGUAGAGAUAAACAUGAGCUGGCCUCUUUGAAGAGAUGUGAGAUACUGCUGAUGGAGGCAAAGUUGCUGCCAAAACAAAUCUCCCAUUUGAGGGACAAACUGAAGAGAGCCCUCAAUACUUGGUCACCUCACUCUCUUUUGCAAUAAUUGCUCAAGGAUAUCAGAUGCCUCUUGGCAAAAAUCUGGUUGCCAGUCUAAAGACAAAAUGUAAAAAAACAUGGCGCAAGCUCUUUCAGGGGCAACUGGACUUGCUAGCAGACUGGUUUUGUUGAGUUGAUCCUUCACUACUACCUUAGAGAUGUUGUUGGAUUACAAGUCCCAUCAUCCCUAGCUAUAGUAGGACCAGUGGUUUGGGACGAUGGGACUUGUAGUCCAACAACAUUUGGGGACCCAAGGUUGAGACAGGCUGCUAUAGAGAAUUUUAUCUUUUUUACUAUAAAGGAUGUGUGUGUACUCCUGUAAUGACACCGCCCAGGGAACACCCAUUAUUUCUCCCUCGCUCUGUACAUUCCCACCCAGGAGAUCAGAUUCCGAAUUCCUGCAGAUGUGUAUUUCUCCCAGCCUGCAUCUUGUGGCUUGAUUUGCUUAAAGGCAUCCGUCAUUGUGACUUCAAAUCUGCAAAGUAGGUUGAGAGAUCCCACGGGAAGGAAGUGGCAGCCCACCUGAGUGUAUGUUUAACAUUAAGAUCUUGGGAGUGAUGUAAACUGAGCGGUUGGAGGCAAUGUGUCUCUGAAUACCAGCUGCUGGAAACCACAGGAGGGGAGAGCACUCUCUUGCUCAGGUGCUGCUUCCAGGUUUUCCACAAGCAUCAGAGAACAGGAUGCUGAAUAGAUGGGCCAUUGGCUUAAUCAAGCAAUCUCUUCUGAAGUUAUUACGUCAAACUUAACACUGGUUGAUAUUUUGCUCCUUUGGGGGAUGAAGUCAGCUGUUUGACAAACUCUAGGCAUGUUUGAUAACCCGUGGUUUUCUUCUUCUUCUCCUAAACAUUAAUUUACUUAUGACAGAAGGCAAAUACAAGGCUUUGAAGAUGGACUUCUCUCUCCCCCCAUCAACUUACGCUACAAUGGCCAUUCGAGAAGUGCUAAAAAUGGACACAAGCAUAAAAAACCAGACACAGUUAAACACAAUAUGGCUACGCUGAAGAUCCUUCGCAGUGAUUGGAUGAAAGUUUUAACAUGAAACUGGUUUCGUAUUUACUAGUUCUAUCCAGGCAAUUUCUAAUUAAAAUUGUAUUUUUGUAUUAGCUUGAGGUAUAUAAUUUCAAAUUCGUUGUAAAAUGGUGUUUACAAAAAUGUAACUUUUGUUUUUAAAUAAUCUGAGCAAACACGGUGCUUGAGCUGUCUGCACAGUGCAAUUUUGCUGGCGUAGAAGAACAUGGAUGGCUUUGCUAGUAUUUUCAGGUCUGCAGAAAGCGUUUCUAAAAUGUUUUCUCCAAAUACAGUAGUAAACAUGGCUUCAUGAGCUUGGUACAGAUGAAAACUGAUUGCAGGCAUGCGUAACACUGCAGUUCAGGAAAUCUAAUUAGAAUAGGGUACUGAUGAAUGCAUAUUUAUAACCAGUGAACAGAUAUAUUUAGCCUUAAGAGUGCUGAUAAGCUCUGCACUCACAACUGGCAGAAUGUUCAUGUCUUUUAUGCGUACACAAAUGUGUACAGCUGCUUUUAUUUGAGCUGUAGUUCAUUAAACUUUUGUGUUGGUUUUUCACAACCUGUUUCAGUUUCUGCUGUGGGUAAAGCAGUGAGCGAACUAUGUCGGAGUUUGUACCCUCAACAAACAAGGUUUAGCUCUAGCAUUUAUGGUUUGUCUGUUGCUGGCAAUGGAUGAACUAGGAAAAUCUCUGUCCUGGCAUGUCAGGAUUAAAUAGCCAUUCUGAAUUGAACAGCUAUGAUGUUGUACUCUCAUUUUAUUUCUAACACUCAACAAAAAUAUGUUUUCUACUGCUUGGUUUAUUAAAGAGUGUACUGAAACCUCUUCCCCUUUUUUGUUCUUGUGCCCCUAAUUUCUACCAAUAUUAUUUAUGUAUUUACAGGCAACUCCCCCUUUCCGUGGCAGUUGUGUUCCAGGUCAUUGUGCGCUUGUGUGAAAUUGCGUAUAAUCAGAACGCCCAUUGAAAAAUCCUGCAAACACCCCAUUCUGCCCCUGCCACGAUCCGCCCCUUUUUGUGACAUUUUUGAGUCACUUCCUGGUUUGGCAUGAUGCGUGUGUGUGCGGUUGCGCACAUAUCGGACAUGCCUAAAAUGGUUGCUGCCUGCAUUCGACUUAUUUAGUCACUUACUACAAAAAAAGUUUCCAAGCAACUUACUAACAGGAUAAAAGCCAAAAAGGCUUUCUUCAUUAUCACACAGCAAAAAAUGUAUUUCUGCACACAUGCAUGUGACAAAUGUACAACUUUGGAAAAAGUUGUGCUUUUGCAAACAACUCCACAAAUCCAAAUCAAUUUACCCCAAAAUUUACUAAGUACAGUGGUACCUCGGAUUAAGUACUUAAUUCGUUCCGGAGGUCCGUUCUUAACCUGAAACUGUUCUUAACCUGAAGCACCACUUCAGCUAAUGGGGCCUCCUGCUGCCACUGCGCCGCCGGAGCCCGAUUUCUGUUCUUAUCCUGAAGCAAAGUUCUUAACCUGAAGCACUGUUUAUGGGUUAGCAGAGUCUGUAACCUGAAGCGUAUGUAACCUGAGGUACCACUGUACUGUAAAAACCAAGAUCCAGGUAGGUAGCCAUAUUGCUCUGCCGUAGUCCAAACAAAAUAAAAAAAAUAUUUCCAGUAGCACCUUUGUUGUUGUUUAGUCGUUUAGUUGUGUCCGACUCUUCGUGACCCCAUGGACUAGAGCACGCCAGGCACUCCUGUCUUCCACUGCCUCCCACAGUUUGGACAAACUCAUGCUGGUAGCUUCGAGAACACUAUCCAACCAUCUCGUCCUCUGUCGUCCCCUUCUCCUUGUGCCCUCCAUCUUUCCUAGCAUCAGGGUCUUUUCCAGGGAGUCUUCUCUUCUCAUGAGGUGGCCAAAGUAUUGGAGCCUCAGCUUCAGGAUCUGUCCUUCCAGUGAGCUCUCAGGGCUGAUUUCCUUCAGAAUGGAUAGGUUGGAUCUUCUUGCAGUCCAUGGGACUCUCAAGAGUCUCCUCCAGCACCAUAAUUCAAAAAGCAUCAAUUCUUCGGUGAUCAGCCUUCUUUAUGGUCCAGCUUUCACUUCCAUACAUCACUACUAGGAAAACCAUAGCUUUUACUAUACGGACUUUUGUUGGCAAGGUGAAGUCUCUACUUUUUAAGAUGCUUUUUAAGUAGCACAUUAGAGAC